AUGCUGCCCCUAAGCACCAGCAGCAGUGGGAGUAUUAACAAUAUUCCAGCACAUGGAAUUUCCGAGGUUGAUGAGAAAUCGUUCCAUAGCCAACUGGCAUACAUUAAUCAAUAUGCUCAGAGCUAUUACCUUCAGACACAAGGUCUGCUGCAUCCCAAUGAGAAACUCUUCCAUUCAGACAUCUAUGGAAAGCAGAUUGCCUCCCAAAGCUAUUUUCCAUCGCAAGAGAAACCUACUGAGAAACAAGCCACUGAGGAAGUGGUCGACAAGAAGCCAGAUAUAGCCCAACUGAACAAACCUUUGCUUCCCAACAUUCAAAAAUCUUCCGGUGGAGUUGAGAAGGCAUUCCAGUGCAACUUCUGCGCUAAACAGUUUGCCCGGCGAAACACUUUGCAGCUACACCAGCGGCUGCAUACUGGGGAGAAAUUGUUCCAUUGCAACUUCUGCGGCAAACAGUUUGUCCACCGUGAUAAGCUGCAGAUUCAUGAACGAAUUCACACGGGAGAAAAACCAUUUCAUUGUGAGUUCUGCCCCAAACAGUUCUCUCGUAAGGACAAGCUGAAAAUCCACCGAAGUUCACACACAGGAGAAAAACCCUUCCACUGUACUUUUUGCCCAAAGCAUUCUUUAAAAAAAAAAAAUAUACACUUCAACCAUCUUGAAUCCUGGCAAUUUCCUUCUUUCGUUUCCUUUCUUCUUCUUUUCGUUUCCUUUCUUUCUUCUCCUUCCUCCUUUCUUUCUUUCUUCUCCUUCCUCCUUUCUUUCUUUCUUCUCCUUCCUCCUUUCUUUCUUUCUUCUCCUUCCUCCUUUCUUUCUUUCUUCUCCUUCCUCCUUUCUUUCUUUCUCCUUUCUUCCUCCUUUCUUUCUUUCUUCUCCUUCCUCCUUUCUUCUCCUUCCUCUUUUCUUCUCCUUCCUCCUUUCUUCUCCUUCCUCCUUUCUUCUCCUUCCUCCUUUCUUUCUUUCUUCUCCUUCCUCCUUUCUUUCUUUCUUCUCCUUCCUCCUUUCUUUCUUUCUUCUCCUUCCUCCUUUCUUUCUACUUUCUCUAGAGUAUAG